AAAAAAUAUGUCGAUUAUAGGAAAGGGCUGCUAUUUCUCAGAAAACUGCACCUCUGCAUCUGUUUUGGUGACCUUUGGACAAGGAGAAUUCCUCAGGAAAAGUAUCCUGUGUUGCUCAGGAGAAGACUGCAGAGAAGAUUCUCUUCCAUGGCCACCAAUAAAUAUGACAGCCAAUGGGAAAUACUGCCCAGCCUGCUAUUCUGAAUCUGAGCCAUGUCCUGUGAAGACAGUCGAGUGUACUGGAUUUGAAAAUUACUGCCUGGAUUUGGCUGAGCAUAAAUAUCCAGGUAUAGAAAAGCACAUCACGCUGAAAGGUUGCACCACGGAGUCCAUCUGCAAUACUUUACACUCUGGAAAAACGAACUUGUUUGAUACAGAUACUGUCAAUUGCCGGCCAGCCAACCAGGUCUCUCAGCUGACAGGAUGUCUCCUCUUCACUCUCGUUGCACAUCUGCUGAUGAAAGUCCUCUUGUGAAGAAGCAGCCAUUAAAAGGUUCCUUGUUUCUCCUUCUCAGAAAGAAGAAUAUAGAACAUGGAAGUGACAGAUGUUUGAGUCUGCUCGCUCAGUUUGCUCAUUACUGACCAGCACAAGGUCUCCGAGGAAAUGCUGGGACUUGAAUUUGAACCCUCUUUUUAACCAAUGACGAACGGCUUGCUAAGUCAUGAAUAUGAAGAAACAAAAUUUCCCCUGGAAAAUACCUGUACUUAAUAGACAUGAGUGUGAGAGGUAGAGUGGCUAUCCAGGGUGAUCUUCCUCAAUUGAGGAUUUUUCCUCAGAAGAUAGGGCUUCUGGAGACCUGCCACCCUUGCGAAGAAGAAGCUGCUGUUUUUCACAAAUAAAAUUUGGCCGUAUCAUUUUGAUACUAACAAGUUGGAGAGGUGCAUAUCUCUACUGCAAAGCAAUCUUUGAAGAUUUGCACAACUUAAUGUUUAAAACCUGGGAUCUGAUACCAGGUUAGUGUAUAGAUCAGGGAGUCUGCAACCUUAAACACUCAAAGAGCCAUUUGGGCCCCUUUCCCACAGAAAAGAAAACACAAUAAUUUAACAACCGGUGUGACUCGGUAGGCGUGGCCAAUUCGACAUGAUUCACU